UUUUUUAUUUUGUCUAUGAUUUUGAUGACUUCGCUUCGAUGUGAGGGACUCACGGCGCAAAUUAAAAAGGAUAUUUUAAUAUAAUAAUUACAUAUACUUCAAGAAAUUUGCCGUCUAGUCCAUCUCAGUAAAGGUAAGGGCGUAAGUUAACCCUACGGAAGUACUGGAAAGUGAUUACUUAUUAUGUUCAUAUAUUUCCUCCUGUAUCACAGCCAUGUUGAAGUAGUGUUGAUUUUUAAUAAGUUUUCGUCAGUUUAUCGUUACAAAAGUUAAAAGUUGUUCACAAGUAUAUGUGACAGACCUAAGUUUCAUUUGUGUUGUGGUUAUAAAAGUUUAAAAGUCUUUAAAAUGAAAAGUGUUAUAAAGUGCCACCGAUUCUGGCGUCGAGGCGUCAUCUUGAAGGUAAGGCUGGAUGUGUCUUCAAUAUACAACACGAUGUAGCAUUUGCAGUUACAGACUAGUGAGAAACAUAGGAAAGAAAUGUUAUCAGUUUGUAUAUUCAUGAUUACUUCAAUUGUAAUGUAUUUAAAAACAAACUUAAUUUUGGGGUCAUAAAAGUGCUAAUGAAAUAUGUGACAUUUAUAAUUCAUACAUACACUUUUUAUUUAGUUUGACGGAUGUAUAAUUUUAUUUGUAUAGGAAAAUGAUAAUAUAAUCCAAUGAACUUACUAGCGAUAUGAAAUGAGGGCAUGCUUGGGUUCAUUAUUAGGAAAGGUGAGUUGAGUAGAUUGACAAACAAUGAAGCUAUUUAUAAUUUUAAUAAAACCCAAGACCAAUUUUUUGUAUUUGCUUUAUUGGGUAAAUGUGUGUACUAACAUUAAAAUUAAAGGAACUGCAUAAUUUGCCUCCUUGAAGCUACAUUGGAAUAAUAACACAAAGAGUGCUUGUUUGGGUUGGGCACACUAUAGAGAUGUUGCAAUCUUCACAUGGAAUUGCCAUUUUUUAUUUCAGGGAUGGAUUCAGAAGAUUCCCGUGAUGGUACUGGUCAAGCUCGCUCAUCAUCAAGUAGUAGCAGCUCCAGUUCUAGGAGCAGACGCAGUUCAUCCUCAGAUAGAAGUGAAAUAUCUAAAAAGCAUGCAAAAUCUCCACCACGGUCUCCCCCAUCCCCUCGGUCUCCAAGAUCAGAAGGGCCCAGGUCACCUUCACCUGAGAGUCAUUCUCAAUCAUCUGUACGAUCACCAAGUUCUGGGAAGCCACCACGGUCACCUGAUAAUAUGAGCGGGGCUCAUUCUGACAUUAAUUCUCCAGAAAAUUCCAUGCCUGCUUCACCAGCUGGGCCAAAGUCACCUGACGCACCUAAGUCUCCUAGUGAUGCGGGAUCAAAUGUGGGUUCACCCACAUACACACAACAGUACACAGAACAAUAUUCAGCUCAGUCAGCCGGAGAGGGGCCUAAAACACCGCAGAGCCCUGGUAGUUCAGCUAGAUCACACCCAGGCUCACCAGAAAAUAGGUCCAGACCACACUCACCUGAUUCUGCAUCACAGCCUAUGUCACCAAGAAAAAAUGAGAGAAGAUCUUCUUCAUCAAGUCCAUCUCCUGACCGGAACUCUUCACAAUCAUCCCCUCGUAGAUCACCACAAGUGAAGAAAAAUGAUUGGACUCCCAAGGAGAAAUGGAGGCGACAUACGAAGGCUGAGCAAAAGAUGGUGCCAGUAACACAUACUCGUAGUAGAUCUGAGUCCAGUCAGUCAAGCAGAAGCUCUAGUUAUAAUAAAGCCAAUGUAAAAGACCCAGCCACUGAAGAAAUAUCAGAAGGUGAAAUGGAAUCUGACACAGAAGACAGGAAACCAAGAAUGAAAUCUCAUGCAAGUGACAAGAAUGAUGGAAAAGAUCUUAACAUCAGCCAUGAGGAUUUAUCAGAUGUGUCCGAUUUGGACUCAGUGGGUCCAGAUGACACAGGAAAUGAAAAUAAGCCAAAAUCACCAGUAUCGCCAGAAAAAACAGGACCUAAUAAUGUAAAUGGGACAAGUACACAAUCUUCUCCAAAAUCAGACAGUGGAAAAAAUGAAACACAUAAACUAGAUAAGGUUCCACAAGAAAAGACAAGCAACACAGAAGAUGGAGAGGAACAGUUAGACUUUGAAGCUGAGGAGGGUGAAUGUGUUGAACCCAAAUCCUCAGAACAAGCUAAUGGUGAAAAUGAAGAAAAACAUGAUGAAAAAGAGGACUUGAAAGCCGGGCGAAGAUCGCGCGGAUCAUCGCUGGAGGAGGGCGAGGUUUCUGAUGAAGCUGAACGUCGCCCUGAAGAAAGCGAGCCGCGACCUGUGUGUCGAUUCUUCUCACGGGGGGCUUGCACGUGGGGUGUUAGCUGCAGGUUUUUGCACCCGGGCGUGACAGAUAAGGGUAACUACAACAUGUUCGAAGUGGUGCGGGGAGUGCCGGCGGCACCUACAAGAGACACGGCGCCACCCGAGUCCGCCUGGGAACGCGGCCUGAGGACUGCAAAGGAGAUGCUCAGGAUAGCUAACAAGCGUAAAGAGCAAGAUAUGGACUUUGAAGAGAAGAAACUGCAUUUGUCCGUGGGGGGAGUGGUGCACGACCCAGACGCGGAGCUGGCGUACGCAGCGGCGGCCGUCGGCGCCUCACCGCCCAGCCAUCAUGACAUACCGCCUGCGUACCAACGAGAUCCUGAGAUGUACAAGCCAUAUGGUCCCAUGUACCGCGGAAGAUACCCAAGGCCAGGCGUCGUAGAAGAUCGCGAGCGCUAUUACGAACGCGAGCGUGCCUAUGAACACGAACGUGUAUACGAACGGGUGCCGCAUUACGAGGACGGAAUGGGGAUUCCCGAGGAGAUCCCUUACCACAAGAGGCGGGUACGUUCAUCGCGUGAAGUGAUAGUUCAGCGAGCAGAGGUUGAGCGGCGUGAAGGUCGUGAGGGUCGGGAGGGGCGCGAAGUGCGCGACAUGCGCGAGAUGCGCGGCGAGGUGCGCGGGGAGAUGCGCGGCGACGUGCGCGUGGAGCCGCGCGGCGAGGGCCGCGGGCGCGCGCGCGGCGACGAGUGGGCGGACCCGUGGAUGCGCGCCGAGACCGCCGCGCGCCGCCGCCGCCCGCCCUCCACCGACGACUCCUACUCCUCCUCCAGCUCUUCAAAUUCCAGUUCACGAAGUUCGCGUUCGCCUGGAGCACGACGCAAGAGGAGAGCAUCUUCUUCGUCAAGACAACGACUGUCGCCGUCGGUGAUCGUGCGCGAGCGACGACUGGCCACGGCGCGCGCCACCGCCAUGAACCCGCCCGCGCCGCGCCGCCGCGCGCCCUCGCCCGCCGCCGCGCGCCAGUCCGCCGCCAACCCGCCGCCGCCCGCCUCGCACCGCCACAAGGAUGAAAUGGACCCAUAUGGACGCAACAAACCAUCCAACCGCAAUAGAGACAGAAAAAAGUAUUCGAGAUCUUCGUCGUCAGGAUCCGAAUCGUCGUCAACGUCAAGCGAGUCGGAGAGCGAGUCGCGGUCGUCGUCGUCGUCGGGGAGCUCGGGCACGCGCCGCGCGAGACACGCUCGGCUGCUCAAUGCCGCCGCCAGGCCCAGGUUAAAUGUCAAGGCAGGCCCUGGAUUGACCGCUGCGGUGUCUACAGUUGCUAGCAAAAAGGAAAUACCAAGUGAUAAAGAAAUAGCUGGAAAGAAACGUGCAGCGACUUCUCCGGUGAACACUGGAGCCGCUAAAAAGUCUGUCUCAAGACGGGAGGAACUGUUAAAACAGUUGAAAGCUGUUGAGGAUGCGAUAGCUCGUAAACGGUCCAAGAUUUAAUAUUAUAGGAAAAAAUUGUAUGUGUAUAGUUCAUGAUUAGGCUUCAGUGCCACAUUUCAUUUCUGCCUAUGUUAUCAAUUUGUGUAAGUUGAUUGAUGGUUUUAAUUUGCACAUAGAUUACUAAAAUUGAAUAGGCAGAGCUAUAUUUGUACAAAUAUCAGCAUUUAAGUAAAACAUGUUACAAUGUUUAGGUAUUUUUAUUUAAAAUCAAUGUUAGAUAUUGUCACACCUUUGCCUGAGAAUAUUUUUCAAUGUACGUGCAUGACGCAUUGGUGUAUUGGUUUGAUUAUAAUUAUUGACAUGCUAAGGUGGGAAUCUGUAAAGAGUUCAGCACAGUAUAGAUUUUGUGAUCAAUUCAAUGUGAAGAUCAGGUAUUAGUGAAUGAAUUAAAGCAUAAUUUUUGUAGAA